AGAGAAUGCGGCAGAAACACCCUUCUGAAAGUAGAAGGAGGAGCACGUGUUGACUGUCGGAAACGCCAUCCUUCCCUUUCCUCCUUAAACGUAGGGAUCGCUAGCUGUAGGUCACCAACCCAUUCACUAUGAGGCUUUGUAGCAGCUAUCUCGGUGUGUUAAUAGCAAUCUGGACUCUAGCCCACGCUUCGAUCGAUCACGCAGGCAGGCACCGCAAAUCCAGCCUCAAUGUAACGCGCGAUGAUCCGAGAACCGCCCCGCAACUGCCACGCCACGUCCCGCCCUCCCUCCCCUUGGAAGAUCUCUUCCGCGCCUCCUACAACGAACUCGAAUACCUCAAGCUCUACCUCGGCGACCUGCAAGACCCGACCACGCACCACCACCCCUUCACUAGCGCGCAUAUUGACGAGGUCGAAGCCUUCCAGGCCUACAUCACCCACCAAUACACCCUCCUGUUCAAGCACGCCUUCCCGCACCGCGCCAACGAACCCUUCGGCCUCACCAUCCACCAAGAAUCCACCACCCGAGCCAACGUAACACUACUCCUCCGCCGCCUCGACGCAGCGAACUGGGCCCUCGCGCGCUGGGCCCAGCAAAACACACUCCUUGACCUAGCACAAGCCGACCUCCGCCGCCGGGGCGUGGCGCGCGGGGAAGCACUCUGGACGCAGCGGUACGCGGAGAUCAAGGCGUGCGUCGACGGGGUGCUGGCGCGGUUCCGCUACCGGGGCCAGCCGCUGGCGUACGUGGGGAGCCUCAACCACGGCGUCCGGGGCGCCCACAAGGGCAAGACGGCGCUCAAACUCCACGACUUCGACGUCGAUCUGUUUGUCGUGCACCCCGCCGAGUGGCGCCGCCAUCUGCCCGCCAUCCGCGCCGGGUAUCCCGACCACCUCAGCAAUGAGAAGAUCUUCCCGCUGGGGACGCAUCUGCGCGAGCUGCAGGAGUUGGGUGAGGCGGUGGGUCUGGCUUUGGCGGCGGAGUUACGGGAUAAGGUCAAGGGGGCGGGGCGGUUUGUGGGGGGGACGGAGAUUGUGCUGCGCGAGUUUGAUCGGUAUUGAUAUCACAUAAGGAAAGUUCUUAUUCAUACUGCCAUUAUGAUGCAGAUGGUAUACUUCAACUGCUUCGCAUCUGAUCGGGCUAAUCGAUAUGCGUAGUCGGGGUAUGUGCGUAGACGAGGUUACGUUGAGCUUAAAGAGAUGACGGGGACUCUUUCGGGGUUCCGAGGCA